CCUGUCAAGUAGGAAGUAGCGAGCUAGCGCGAGCAGCAACAACAGCAGCAGCAGUGACCAGAAACGCAAAGACGAGGAGGAAGCUGUGAAAUCUCCGAAGUCUCACUCUCGACGUUUCUCCUCAAGAUUACGUUGCCUCCGUCGGAACACAAAGAGCAAUAAGUUGCCCGCAGUCAUGUACUUGAAGGUGGUGUUUUUCACUGUGGUUCUGGCUCUGCUUGGCGCGCCAGCCGCAACAGACUCAGAUGAAUGUCCCUCUAAGUCGUGCGAGGAGUGUGGAACCACUGCUAGCUGCAAGUGGUACAACUGCACAUUAACUGUUAGCUGUCACAACACGACUCUCCUGCCAGAUAAUGUGACCUGCACCCCAGUCAGCUGCUCAGAAAACCCAACCUCCCCUGUCCCUGUUGUCUCCGUCACCAACCCUAACACCAGCAGCCCUCAGCCCACAACAGGCCAUACGACCAUGAAUUCCACCACCUUCGUCCCGACUCCCAGUGGGAACAUCUCCAUCCCUACGGCUCCAUCCCCUACUUCAAUGGGACCCAGCACCAAUUCCACCCCGAUCGCCCCCUCUCCCGCCCCUCACAAGAACACCUUCGACGCCGCUAGCUUCAUCGGUGGAAUAGUGCUGAUCCUGGGCCUGCAGGCCGUGAUCUUCUUCCUCUACAAGUUCUGCAAGUCCAAGGACCGCAACUACCACACCCUUUGAAGCGGCCACACGUUUGGAUCCACAUCACUCGACCGAUCCCCACCAACUACAACCUUGCAGAGAAGACUCCCCACUCGGCAUGCACUCAUCACGGUGGACUCGAACAGUGUUUUCAAGCAGGGUGUUCUAGAUCUUCAAUGUUUGUGCCACUUGUGGUUUAGGCCUGCAUUAGCCCUGCUGUUGUAGUUUGUAUUAACACACACACACACACACACACACACACACACACUAAGGCCUCUAUGUAUGAUAAUUUAACUCUCCGGGAACAUGGUGUUUUUAUCCUUGAGCAUAGGGAUUACAUAAUCUGAUAGUUACUCCCACCUCCAUCAUGCCGUUAGUUAUCCUAGUGAAUUGAGGGGGUUUGUGUUAUUUACAGCCCCUCUCCUCGUGGCCUCCUCAAUUCAAUGCACCACAUGAGAGUUAAAGAAUUACUCAUGUUCCCAAAGCAGCUUUCCUGGUGAUGCUCAGGAGUAGUACGGCUGCAAACUGGUAGCAUCUACAUUUUUAUUUAGUUUUUGUCUUGAUUUGGAAACACUGUUUGAGUUCACAGCUUGUUCUUUAACGCGACGGCUGUGAUGAUUCAGUAUUGCUUUUAGCCUGUUUUGCACCCCCCCCUCCCCCCCGAGCAGCUGCGUCGUGUAUGUGUGUUUAUACAUGAUGUAUCUACGAGAGAAUAAAAGCAACACCCAAUCAUCUGACAUCAGACUAAAACAAAUAGCCGUCCUUCUGGUAAACAGUCUAAUCUGGGUGUCUCCCAUGGCAUUUAGGAGUGCUGCCAGUAGAGCAGAUCAAUGCAAUAAUCCCAUAUCAAGUUCAUUUCCCAUCCUUUAAUCUCCCGGUUGUUAUUUCUUCUUCACCAACUUUAAAACGUACCCACUGCUAACGUGGAGAUGGCCCUUUGCCCGAAUUUCUGUGGGGAGGUCAAAAAAGGGGCCUGUGGGUCAAAAUGAAAGAUUGUAGAAUAUUAACAAUGAAUAUGUUUUAAUAAUGUUUAAUACAGAGAAGGGGGAGAUACAGAAAAUGGCAUGCACCUUCUUGAUGUGGACAGUGAUAGCAGUGAAGUGCCUUUAAUGUCCGGUAUGACUUAAAGAGAGAAGAGGAAGAGGAGGCCCAGGUGUUAUCAGCUUCGUUUUUAAGAAAGAAGCGGUAUCGCUGUGCUGAUAUUGGGGAGAACCGUUGUAUCCCAGCUGGACUGAAGAGCCUUGUAUUUUGAGGAAUGGAGUAAAUGGAUGUAAUCUGAGGGCCUUGAUCAAUGGAGAUUGAAGUUUUUCCCUAUAAAGUAGAGGACUAUAUAUUCAGUACAUGAAACCUAUGGUCUUCUCACUGACUCACUGACUUUGUAUAAAUGAAUAUUUUAAAGUGCUCUCCCCCCUUUUUGUAGCGCCCAACACUGCUCCCAAAUAUCCUACCGCGUCACCUAUUCAUGUUUUAUUAUCAAUCUCAGAACACGAGCGAUGAGCUUGCAGGACAUUUUGGGUCGCCGUUAGGUGCUGUUGAAUCAGGGAAUGCAACUUUAGAGAAAUGGCAAAAAACGUAUUGGGCCUAAUUUAAUAACUUGAGUAUUGCAGAGAGUGCAUUGAGGUAAAAAUGUUGGACUGUUUGUUUGUUCAAAUGAGCAUUGCGCCUCUGAUUUCUGACUUUGCCGUGUAAAUGAGAGUAUUGUGAUCGAAGUGCAGAACUGCUCAUGAGCUCAUGUUGCAUUCUCCAAUUAGCUCGCUGCUAACUGUGUGAUUUUUAUUUCUUUCCAUUUUGUCCCUCCUGUACAUAGCCACGUCCUGUUUGUUUUAUCUUCUUGAGGAAAGGCUAAAUGAAGGAGUGUUUAUCAGUACAUUGUGCUCGUAGAGGCUCGUCGGUGUCGAUAAUGUUUUUGUUAAAUGCUUUCUUUUCAUUAUUGCAUGCUGGAUGCUUGGAGUUGUGGCUCUUCCUCCCAUUGCAUACGCUCUUAAAGGAUUUAGACAAUUUAAAACCACUUUGUUAAUUAGCCAAUAUGCUAGUUGAAAGAAUGCCUUGAAACUGUGUGCUUUGAGCCAAUGUCCUCAGUUUUGGCAUGGAAAUUGAGCAUUGCACUGACAAGCUUUGUUUUGUAACUUUGUAAAUGUUUUCAUGGUUCAGCUCCCCGAAAAAAAUCCCGAUGCUUGUAUAAAUACUCAGUCUUGAAUAUCUACUAGAUAAUGGAUGAAUAAUCACCUUGUUCUGUAUGGCCUCAGACCUUAACAAAUGUAUGAGUGUGCAAAUGUUUUUUUGUUUUCAUAAUUUAGGAUUACAUGUUUCCUGCUGCUCACCGUUAACACGCCUUUUAACCGAGUCACCUGGUGGCAUUAGGCUACAGCCCAAAGACCCAACUACGGCGACAAGGCUCCAGAGUUUCGCCUCAGCUGUGGAGAGCCUUCGCCCCCAAAUUAAGAGAAACAUUUUGCGUUUUAGUCACAGCUGUUGAGUGGCGUGCUGCGUAAGUGCUCUCACGCUGUUGACACGGUGGCUGCAUUCCCCAAGAACACGGCGUCACGUGUUGACAUCGUGACGAGUCCAAAACACCUCUGGUACCAAUAGAUGUCCAUUGUGUUGCCUCUCCGCAGCUUCGGCGACAAGUUAACUAACUCGGUCAGUGCACCACUUAAGGAAAAGUGCCUUAUUCAGUUAAUACCCAUCUAUAGUUGUAGUUUGUAAAAUAUGACACACCUAUUAAAUAAUGUGACUCAGCACUUUCAGACCCCUGUGAAGUGGUUCUCUGUGUUGUAUUCUGCUUAAAUGUCUGUUUCGUCAUUGCUCGGCCUUAACUUCUUGAUCAAAACCCACAGAGUGUUUGCUAGUGACAAGCUGCCCAGGCCAUCACCAGGCUGCUUUUUGUUUGGAAAGUGAGUGCGUUGGAUGCAUGACGGUUGGCCCUUAUUAGCAUUUGAGUGCCUACAUUUCAACCAAUCGCACAAUAGAAUUAUAGGCGUUUUAAAUGCUGCUGAAAUGGCUUUAAACCAGCUAAUGAGUGGUUUUAAACUAGAUGCGCGGUUUGUGGCCUGGUCAACUUAUCACACAGCACGUUGUAAUAAACUGCAACACUUCCUCCAUCAUGCAAACGGUCAUGUGAGGGCUUGUAAUUUUCAAUUGUUUUACUGAAUGACUUGUUUUCUGUCGAGUAGGAUUUUAAGUUUGCUUGUUCAUGGAGGGCUUUCCUCAGUUUUCAGCCUCGCAGUGUUCAACUCCAAGAGCAACGAGUGAAAAGCUUUUUGAUUCACUCCUUUUUGCCCCGUGGCUCAUUGUAGUGCCAAAUCUUUUCCCUUUUUGUGUUAGAGGCCAGCGGUCUUGUCGGUACUAUAUUUCUGGCUUUGACAUACACAGACUGUACAUGUAGACACUUGCAGCUGCCCCCAAAAAGCCUCCUGAAAUGUUUUGUGCUUACUUUGUGCUCCUUUCUUGCUCUCUCAAACCUUUUUAUUUUGUGCCUUGUUUUCUAGUGUUGCCUUUUAGUUCACGAUGUAAAGCCAAUAAAGUUUGAAUCUUGUUAAACAAA